GAGACCGACAAUACAACCAGAUCGCAACCAUGGCUACCGAGCUCACUGUCCAGUCCGAGCGCGCUUUCCAGAAGCAGCCUCACAUCUUCCUGAACCACAAGGUCGGUGGACCGCGCAAGAACACCCGCAGCAGGAGAUGGUAUAAGGAUGUUGGUCUGGGUUUCCGUACCCCCAAGACCGCCAUCGAGGGCACCUACAUCGACAAGAAAUGCCCCUUCACCGGCAUGGUCUCGAUCCGUGGACGUAUCCUCACCGGAACCGUCAUGUCGACCAAGAUGCACCGCACCUUGAUCAUCCGUCGUGAAUACCUCCACUUUGUCCCCAAGUACUCCCGUUACGAGAAGCGCCACAAGAACCUCGCCGCCCACGUCUCGCCCGCUUUCCGUGUCGAGCCCGGUGACAGCGUCGUUGUCGGCCAGUGCAGGCCCCUCUCCAAGACCGUCCGUUUCAACGUCCUCCGUGUCCUCCCCCGAAGCGGAAAGGCUGCCAAGCAGUUCUCCAAGUUCUAAGCGUAUGGGUUGGAGUCACGGAUCAUGAUGAGCAACGGAAGAAGCGUGGCCGGGGCGGAGCGUGAUGGUUUUCAAUAUGGUCAAAACUCGGCAUAUGGGUUGAGGAAUCGGAGUCCAAUGGGCCAUGUAUGUUUCUCCAGCUACGAUCAAUGAAAGCCCUCGGAUGGUAAACAAAAGCCACUGAGGCAGGUCAAAAGUCCAGUCUCGUUCGCAAUGGAGUCUUGGUGCACAUUGGAACUGACAGUGUUAUGAAUAUCAACGUCGUCGUUCUCAUCAAGAGGGGUGUAUACGUUGAUUUGUGUUCCCGAGAGAAUGAACCGGUGCAAGCCAACAUUAACGGAAGCUCGUCUCAAACUGCGUCCAGAGAAUCUAACACCCACAAUUCAUGUAUGCAGAUGUUCAUACGUGAUUUAUACAACAACAACAGCCUCACCCUACCCC